AUGGAAGGGUGCCGACGGGCACCUGAACUGUGCAAGUCAGACGUUGCGCCCAUCUCACGAGGCCUGAUAACCGGAUGGGUUUGCAGUCUCUCAGAAGACAUGCUCUACCAAACGACUAGUGAGAUUACUGGCGAGAGGCAACGAUCCGAACCUGGUGUCGUCGGAUGGGAAACGAUGAAGUGCUGCAAGCCGCAGACCAUUGUAAGGCAGUCAUACACCCAAAAAGAUCAAUAA